AUGGACAAUUACUCUAUCUUGCAACUUCCAGAUGGAACUCAGUUAGCCUACGAGGUGCUUGGCUCAGACCGCAAAGGGGCACCAGUGCCGCUCGUGUUCGUUGGCGGCGUCACAUCCUGUCGGGGGGACACCGAGAAAAUAUCAUCGCUGCUAGCCAAAAAUCGACAAGUGUUGAUCUAUGACCACAGAGGCAUGGGGGAUUCUAGGGCUCGCAAGGAUGACUCUUUUACUCUCGACACACUGGCAAGAGACCUUCUGUCUCUAAUUAAGCAUCUUCAAUGGAGCGAGGUUGCUCUGUGCGGACAUUCCAUGGGAGGCAUGAUUGUUCAGUGUCUUUUAUUCUUACCCUUUCAUCGCACGAAUCCGACUCCCCUACAUUUUCGUGUGACACACGUUGUACUUGCUUGUACCGCAUUCACACCCACUCUGGACCCAGGAUACGGACUAAAGUUCGCGCCCAGACCGAAAGGACCAUUGACACUGGAAACAAUCAGGGAAACGGUGCGCCUCAGUAUGCCCCAAAAUUAUGACCCCGAGUGGUUUGCUAGUGAAGCCAACCAAGCGAGAAUAGAAGAACUCAUAGAUCGCGGAUUAAUUGGAAGGCCAUUCAAGACCAUAGUACAGCAACGGCGAGCAGUCUCCCGAUUUGACUUCACAGGGUGUCAUUCUCAUUUGUCGCCGGACACACAAUUCAUGAUCAUCCACGGCGAACUCGAUCAGAUCUUGCCUUUCUCCAAUGUUCAGGGCUUUUUGAAGAUCAUUCCAUGGGCACGUACGGUGCCGGUAGGAGAUGGAACAGGUUCAGUACCACAUCAUCGCUUCGGUCACGAUUACAUCGAGUACUUCGAUCCCCAGGUUUGGUAUGGCGUUUUCGAAGCGUUUUUGCAGCUCAGGGGUGGGGAGAAGGCUCGGAUGUGA